GAACCGAGAGGAGCGCCGCGGUGAAGCCGGAGCUAGCGCAGCCUCGUUCCUGCAAACUCGUCCCCGCCGCCCGCAGCCUCGUCCCCGCCGCCGCCGCCGCUGCCGCCGCCGCCCCCGGGGCAUGGCCUGUCUGAUGGCCGCUUUCUCGGUCGGCACCGCCAUGAAUGCCAGCAGCUACUCCGUAACGAUGACGGAGCCCAAGUCCGUGUGCGUGUCGGUGGACGAGGCUGUGUCCAGCAACGUGGACGACGUUGAGACAGACCUGCUGAACGGGCACCUGAAGAAGGUGGACAACAACUUCACAGACGCCCAGCGCUUCUCCUCCCUGCCUCGCAGGGCAGCCGUGAACAUCGAAUUCAAGGACCUUUCCUACUCCGUCCCCGAAGGACCCUGGUGGAGGAAGAAAGGAUACAAGACCCUUUUGAAAGGGAUCUCUGGGAAAUUCAACAGUGGAGAGCUGGUGGCCAUCAUGGGUCCUUCUGGAGCUGGGAAGUCCACACUCAUGAACAUUCUGGCGGGAUACAGGGAGACGGGCAUGAAGGGGGCGGUCCUCAUCAACGGCAUGCCCCGGGACCUGCGCUGCUUCCGGAAGGUCUCAUGCUACAUCAUGCAGGAUGAUAUGCUGCUGCCUCACCUCACUGUUCAGGAGGCCAUGAUGGUGUCCGCGCAUCUGAAGUUGCAGGAGAAGGAUGAAGGCAGACGGGAGAUGGUCAAGGAGAUCCUGACAGCACUGGGCUUGCUGCCCUGUGCCAACACGCGCACGGGGAGCCUAUCGGGUGGCCAGCGGAAACGCCUGGCCAUUGCUCUGGAACUGGUCAACAACCCUCCUGUCAUGUUUUUUGAUGAGCCCACCAGUGGCCUGGACAGCGCCUCCUGCUUCCAGGUGGUGUCCCUGAUGAAAGGGCUGGCCCAGGGCGGCCGCUCCAUCGUCUGCACCAUCCACCAACCCAGCGCCAAGCUCUUUGAGCUCUUUGACCAGCUUUAUGUGCUGAGUCAAGGGCAGUGCGUGUACCGGGGGAAGGUCUCGAAUCUCGUGCCGUAUCUGAGGGAUCUGGGUCUGAACUGCCCUACCUACCACAACCCUGCCGACUUCGUCAUGGAAGUGGCGUCAGGAGAGUACGGUGACCAGAACAGCCGCCUGGUGAGGGCCGUGAGGGAGGGCAUGUGCGACUCUGACUAUAAGAGAGACCUCGGGGGCGACACAGACGUGAACCCGUUUCUUUGGCACCGGCCUGCUGAAGAGGACUCCGCCUCCAUGGAAGGCUGUCACAGCUUCUCGGCCAGCUGCCUCACCCAGUUCUGCAUCCUCUUCAAGAGGACCUUCCUCAGCAUCAUGCGGGACUCGGUCCUGACACACCUGCGAAUCACCUCGCACAUCGGCAUCGGCCUCCUCAUCGGCCUGCUGUACCUGGGGAUCGGGAACGAAGCCAAGAAGGUCCUGAGCAACUCUGGCUUCCUGUUCUUCUCCAUGCUGUUCCUCAUGUUUGCUGCCCUCAUGCCCACCGUUCUGACCUUUCCCCUGGAGAUGAGCGUCUUCCUCCGGGAGCACCUCAACUACUGGUACAGCCUGAAGGCCUACUACCUGGCCAAGACCAUGGCUGACGUCCCCUUCCAGAUCAUGUUCCCCGUGGCCUACUGCAGCAUUGUCUACUGGAUGACGUCGCAGCCGUCGGACGCCGUGCGCUUCGUGCUGUUUGCUGCCCUGGGCACCAUGACGUCUCUGGUGGCCCAGUCCCUAGGCCUGCUGAUUGGAGCCGCCUCCACAUCCCUGCAGGUGGCAACGUUCGUGGGGCCUGUGACAGCCAUCCCUGUCCUGCUCUUCUCGGGAUUCUUCGUCAGCUUCGACACGAUCCCAGCCUACCUUCAGUGGAUGUCCUAUAUCUCCUACGUCAGGUACGGCUUUGAGGGCGUCAUCCUCUCCAUCUAUGGCUUGGACCGGGAGGACCUCCACUGCGACAUUGCCGAGACGUGCCACUUCCAGAAGUCAGAGGCCAUCCUGCGGGAGCUGGACGUGGAGAACGCGAAGCUGUACCUGGACUUCAUCGUCCUGGGCAUCUUCUUCAUCUCCCUGAGGCUCAUUGCCUACUUUGUCCUGAGGUACAAAAUCCGGGCUGAGAGGUAAAACCCCUCGCAAGGCCAGCAGCGAGGCAAAGCAGACAUUGUGACCGAGGGCACUGCACCUGCUCCUGGUGACAAAGACUCUCCUGACCCAACCUGGAGGCCACGCGGGUCGAUGGCGACCGGCGUUGAGCGCCUCCGCCCGGCGGGUUGGAACUGUUCCUUUUCUAACUAGGAAGAUGUAGGGCGGUUGGGGUUCUUUUUUUACACGAGGGAUUGAAAACGCAAGUGGCACAGAAUGUCAUCCUCCGGUCCAGCUGGGGACGAGAAGCUCCCUCAGUCGAAGCUCCUUCCUGGAGCCCGGGACACGUUGACCUGGAUGAGGAGUGUCAGCCGCCUUGGUCCCCCGGAGAGGUGGAUGUCGUCACGGGGCAAAGUCCACCCACGGUGGAACUCCGUCCUUUAACGGUUUCGUCUUUCUAAAGCUCUUCUCACUUAUGAGGAAGUCACUUUCCGAGCCAAAGUCGAUAAAUUUCAUUCAUUUUGAGAGAUUGUAUCUUUUUAGUACCUUUUGAGGACUUAUUCAGGGUAAAAGGUGUGCUUUGCUUAGGAAUAGAGGAGACCCACGUGGCCACCCAGUGGGGCCUCACAGACACCACCACAGACGGCAAGGGAGACCACCACGCCGGCUGCACCGGGCCAGCAAGGACUAAGCGAUGCCGACAGGGCUGAGGGGAAGUUGGCAGGCUCCUCCCAGACUUUUCUUUUUUUUCCCCCGCAUGCUUCUCAUUUUAAGCGAAAUAGAUGGUUUCUUCCUAGUUUUCCGGCCACUUUAAUUUUGCCCAGGAGAUACUAGAGUCCACCUUCUCAGUUUUUUUGUUUGUUUGUUUUUAAGAGCAUUUUCCCGUUCUUCAUGAGUCACAUUAACUACCUCCACUAAACCUGGGAAGCCGGCCUGGGGACACAACGGGUGUACCCCUCAAACUGCGGGGGUGGGCAAUGGGGCAUCAGUGAUGGACAGGCUGGCUAGGUGGAAGGGGAGGUGCCAUGGAUGCCCCCAUUAAAACGCAGCUGCUUGCUUCUCCAGAGCACCUAGUAUCAGUCUCCCACAAAAGCCUCUAUUUUUGUGGGUUAGGUCAGUUUACCCCUGUGAGCCUCAGUUUCCACACCUGUAAGUAAAUUGCACUAGCUCAUGUUCUGACAGGUCCCGAGAUUUCUCGGUCGUGGCCUUGAAGCUUUCCUAUCUUACCUGUAGAGAAUGAUUAAGGGUCCGAAUUUUACUUAACGCAUGGAUGUGCUUUGAGAAGAUACCUAGAGAUUCUUCUUAUUUUUUUCACUCCUAGAUCUUUUAUAGAGAACACGAUUGAAAUGCAUAUUACGAUGUAAUUUUCAGUUUGCUCGUUCUAUACAAACAUGGCAUUGCCUUCUAGGUUCAGCUUUUAACCAGGGACACGAUUCGCCUUUAUAAAAAGUCUUCAUUAAAAAAAAAAAAAAAAGGAAAAGUCUUGAUUUAAUUCCAAGGUGUUAGGCGUGGCACCCAGAGAGGAACUGGCCGUUGAUAGCUGGUGAAAUGUGGUCUGGAAGGAAUGGGACUUGGGUGGCCAGAUCUCCGACUCACGCUUGGCAACAUUGGUGCCAAGGAAACCAUUCCUUCUUAUGGGUUAGUGUGAGGGGUGACGCAUAGCAGGAUCUACCAGAGGCUAUAUUUCUCUGUGGAGACAGCUGUGCUGUCAGUCAUAGGCAUUGUGGUCCAGGUUUCAAAUCUGGAAGAGUGCCUCAGCCUCCGGAGGAGUUCUUUCCUGGCGGAGUCUGAGCUCAGGAUACAAGAGCUGGCGGGCAGGGUGACGUGGGCAGUUGGUAAAGUAUAUUGAGCAGAGCAGGUAAGGGGUCAGAAGUCACCUGCAGGACAGCAUUGCUCAUUUGUUUGCACACUCCAGGAAGGCUGACAGCCAAACUAGGCGACUCUCCAUCCUUGUCCCUCAUCCAGUGUCCACAGGUGUCCUGGUGUGUGGCUCCCCUCGUCACCAUCCGUAGCUGGGGCUCCAGAGAUAGUGUCUGGAUUUCUGGAUCAUUUCCUGUUCUUUCCGUGAUAAGGGAGCAUCCACCGAUUUCCUGUUUGUCUCCGUCAUGGUAGGGAGUACCCGGAAGUGUCCACCUUUCCUGAUACUGACGUUAAAGUCAGACUCUUUUGCAAUUGGGUUCCAUGUGACUCUAAGGACCCAGGCCUUCCUUUCAUCUCUAGCUGAGCUCCUUCUAUUGCAAGGAAGGAAUCUAUCAGGUUAAAGCCUACACCACUGCCUCAUGUUAUCAAGAGUAAAAUGAAAGUCCUUAUGUGUAAAAAAAAAAAAAAGAGGUCCAAAGACAGAAAAAGACAGAGUUUUCAUCAGGAAGUGAGACCUGUGGGGCCUACUAGCCCUAAGCUUGGAAGAGGCUGGGUCUGAUAUCCUCUGUCCAGCCCCGUCCUUUGUUCUUCCAUCCCAGCAUCUCCUGCCUCCUCCUCUACCCUCUGUCUAGAGAGAGUUAAUGUCUUAGGAGCAGGGGAGUGGCACUUCCAGGGAGGAGGAUGAGCUGAGUGAGCAUUGCACACAGUAGGUGAUAGAAUCUCCCUUCCUCACCUGGAGGUCGGGAGGAGCAAGCACCAUUAGGACUAGAAAAAUGGGACAUAACAGCUUUCAUCUUAGAAACCCAAAGAAAGGUUGUUUAUCAGCCGAGGCCGGGGAUAGACAGUAUCCGCAGAACCUCUGCGUGUGUCUGUGAGAACAGAAGAGACUGGAGGUGAACGCCUCCCCUUGGGAAUGUCUGGGACCCUGCGGCCCCUUCUGUUUCUCCUUCCUGUAUUCAUCCAUCAAACCUUCACUGAGCUGGUUUCCCCCUGUUGCUCCAGGCCCCGGGGGCAACAGCUUUGCUCUCCUUAUCUAUGUAGCAUGGAGGCAGGGAGGGGCUGGCUUGGUGCUGAGGGUCAUCAGAGCCCGGAGUCCCUGCCCUCUGGUUUUUCAGGGCAGCUGCUUUGCUCUCCUUAUCUAUGUAGCAUGGAGGCGGGGAGGGGCUGGCUUGGUGCUGAGGGUCAUCAGAGCCCGGAGUCCCUGCCCUCUGGUUUUUCCAGUCGUCCUUGUCCAAGCAAACAGAUCGAGAACGCUUAGACAGACGCAGAGCACAGCGCUGGCACAGAGGCUGUCUACUCAGUCAGUCAUUCUGCCGCCAAAGAGAAGGCCAAGCAGAGAGGCCAACCUGUUCUUUGUCCCCUGAGGGAUUUACAUCCCAGUGCCUAUGAUGAGUGUCACUAGCCCACCCCAGGGCCGACUCCACCCGUGUCUUACUGGAGGUGGUCCCGUUCUUUUCUGUCUGAGCUUCCUGCGGUAAUGCUAGCGGACCACACCUCAGGUCAGAGACCCCGGUGCCCAAGCAUUCGUGUCUUGAGUGUCUAUACAUGAAUUUGCACAUACACUCAUGUCCGCUCCCCUAGGUGCACAUGUGUAGGCUGCUCCCGCUCGUGUCUCAUAGCGUUGUUCUGUGUCUCUCCCUUUGUAUCCGUGGCACACCAGCCUCCAGACUCCUUUCCUAUCACCUUUGCCCCGAGGAGGAAAGACAAAAACUCCUCUAUGCCUGUGGCACAGGAGAUGAAAAAGUCCGGUAGAAAAUCCACCGAGGCUGUUGAGCAACACCAGCUAAAUAAGGAUGUGACAGAAAAGAAUGUGAUGGAACCCAGCAGGGAGCUCAAGGAGCAGACUGUGUCAAUAUAGAGUUAGCUACUUGGAAGAAACAAAACUACUAAUAAAAUAUUUUAUAUGAAAUUUUUACGCGCA